UGUUCUUAGUACCAAUCUAGCUAAGCAUAACGAGAGGAACCAUACAUACAUACCUGCAUAAUUGCCAUGGCUCUUAAGAUCAAGACCUUCCUUAUAGUUCUUCUCUUGGUCCUCAUUCCCUUAUCUUCAGGCUUGGCUGAAGGCUUCAGGGAAAACAUGCAUCCUACUCAUCACUCACUUUACAAGAAGGAUGGUAUCAAGAUUAACUCGAGGAAGCUAUUUGCCCAUGAUUUUGUGUUGGAUUAUGAUGAAGCAGGAGCCAACCCAAAGCAUUCAAAGAAACCUGGCAAGGGUCCUUGAAUAACUCUACACCUAGUCAAUAGUCAUAUAAUAAACUUAUAUACUCUCUCUGUCUCUCUCUCUCUUCCCCCUCAAAAUGUUUUAUUCAUGUAUGAGGAGAUAUGAUAUGAUUAUAUAUGGACGAGUUUGUUCACCGGAGCCACUACUUGUGUGUGUUUAUGACUUAUGAGGCAAUAAAGUAUGAUAUUUUAUAAUGUACACCAGAUCUUGCAUAUGUAUGUAUGGAUAUUGAGAAUAAAG